AUGGAGGCAGCUGAAUGCAGAUCAGUGAUCAGGUUCUUAUAUUUGAAAGGUCAAACACCAAAAGAGACUUUCGAUGCGAUGAAAAACGUUUAUGGUCACGAUGCACCAUCAUACGACGUAGUUAAGCACUGGCAUCGCCAGUUCAAAUGUGGUCGGACAUCGGUGGAAACUGCUCUCAUUCCUGGACGACCACAUUCCGCCAUUGAUAACGGCACCAUCCAUAAUGUGGAAGCCGUCAUUUUGGAUGAUCGCCGCAUAAGUAUUCGGCAAAUAGCCCAAGAAAUGAAGAUAAGUGUAGGAUCCGUGAAAAACAAAAAAAAUCACGACCAUUUUCACAUGUGA